GCAUCCCAACAAAUAUUCCCCAUAGAACUCUAAGCAGUUUCCAGCAUAUUGAUUACGUGUGCGCUUUCAUUUUUACACACGACGUCCAUGGCAACUCGAUGCAUAGAGAUCACCGUUCUUUCUGCAGAGAACCUUCAGUUCAACCGCAAACCCUUCAAGAAAAACUCCUUCGUCACCGUCCGGACCGACGCCACCUCCAAGUGGUACCGCACGGCGGAGACUGACAGCGAAGGCGGAGGGCCGAGAUGGAAUGAGAAGAUAGCGGUCCAGCUUCCUGUGCAGGCUAGGAAUCUGAUAGUGGAAGUGCAAUGCCAGAACGGGGCGAGGACGAUCGGAUCGGCGGUUAUUCCGGUGACGGAUUUCACCGGCGGGUGGGUGCCUGAGACCUACUUGCAUUUUCUGAGUUAUAGGUUAAGGGAUGAGAGAGGUGUGAGGAAUGGGAUUUUGAAUAUCUCGGUGAGGAUGAAGGUGAAGGAAGGUGUGGAGUCGACGUACGAGAGGAAGCUGUCGAGUGGUUGCGCUACGACGUCGUCGCAGAGCAAGUUGUAUCCUACGGUGGACAACAGCGGCGUCGUACUUGGGGUUCCGGUGAAUUGGAAUAGCUAUUCAGCCUAUUCUCGUGUUCAAUAUUGAUUGUUGGGUCCUCGUUACGAAUUGUUCAAUCAAGAACUUGAUUACAGUUUUGUACAUGAUCAGAUUCAAUUGUCUCCAACAAUUUAAUUCAUUCUUUUAUAAUAAACAAAUCUAUUCGCUGUUAAA